AUGAGAGAAAUUAUCCAUUUAUCUACUGGUCAGUGUGGUAACCAGAUUGGUGCCGCAUUUUGGGAAACAAUUUGUGGCGAGCACGGGUUAGACUUUAACGGUACUUAUGCGGGUACUGAUGACCUGCAGAAGGCGCGUCUCAAUGUUUACUUCAACGAGGCCUCCUCUGGAAAGUGGGUUCCGCGGUCUGUUAAUGUUGAUUUGGAGCCAGGUACGAUUGAUACUGUGCGUAACUCCAACAUCGGUAAUUUGUUUAGGCCGGACAACUACAUUUUCGGACAGUCUUCUGCCGGUAACGUGUGGGCCAAGGGCCAUUACACUGAGGGUGCAGAAUUGGUAGACUCUGUGAUGGAUGUGAUUAGAAGGGAGGCCGAAGGGUGUGACUCCCUACAAGGGUUUCAGAUUACGCACUCCUUGGGAGGUGGUACCGGGUCUGGUAUGGGUACUUUGUUGAUUUCUAAAAUUCGUGAAGAAUUUCCUGACAGAAUGAUGGCCACCUUCUCCGUUGUGCCAUCUCCAAAAACCUCCGACACUGUCGUGGAGCCAUAUAAUGCGACUUUAUCUGUUCACCAGCUUGUUGAACAUUCUGACGAGACUUUCUGCAUUGACAACGAAGCGCUAUAUGAUAUCUGCCAGAGAACUUUGAAGUUGCCACAACCAUCUUAUACCGAUCUAAACAACUUAGUUUCCUCAGUAAUGUCUGGUGUUACUACCUCCUUGCGUUACCCAGGUCAAUUGAACUCCGACUUAAGAAAGUUGGCUGUCAACUUGGUUCCCUUCCCUCGUCUACAUUUCUUUAUGGUUGGUUAUGCUCCAUUAACUUCUAUUGGAGCACAAUCAUUCAGAUCUUUGACUGUGCCAGAAUUGACACAACAAAUGUUUGACGCCAAGAACAUGAUGGCUGCUUCCGAUCCAAGAAACGGCAGAUACCUCACCGUGGCUGCCUUCUUCAGAGGUAAGGUCUCCGUCAAGGAAGUUGAGGAUGAAAUGCAUAAGGUUCAAACUAGAAACUCCUCCUAUUUUGUAGAAUGGAUUCCAAAUAAUGUUCAAACCGCUGUCUGUUCCGUGCCACCACAGGGCUUGGAUAUGUCUGCAACUUUUAUUGGUAACUCCACCUCUAUUCAAGAAUUAUUCAAGAGAGUGGGUGACCAAUUUGGUGCCAUGUUUAAGAGAAAGGCUUUCUUGCAUUGGUAUACUAGUGAAGGUAUGGACGAAAUGGAAUUUUCAGAGGCCGAGUCUAACAUGAAUGACUUGGUCAGCGAAUACCAACAAUACCAAGAAGCUACUGUCGAAGACGACGAGGAACUAGACUACGGCGAUGAGCAACAAAUGGUCGAGAACUUUGAAUAA